AUGUCUAAUUCUCUUCCAUUCCCUCCUCUUGCAUUUAUCGCGGAUCCAAAUAGCCAGGACAGACUAGCUUUUGACGAUAUGAACUUCAGCUCGCCCACUUCCACUCCAAUCUACAAUGGGCACUUAAUUGACGAGAGUCAGGGGACUCCCUCUAACAUGAACCUAAACGUACCUUCUUUCAAUCCCACAUUUUUCCCCAACGGGAACAACAACAUGGCUUCUUUCGAUCCCACGCUUCUUCUCAACUGGAACAACAUGCCUUCUUUUAAUUCCAAUAUCGACCUCCAGAACUUACCUACCUAUCCAUAUACAUUCUAUAACGAAAUCGACAAUUAUCUCAUGGAGUUUGAGCUUGAUUUCCAGGCUCCCAGUAUGGAUACGAUGUCUCUCGAGUCUCCAACCCCCGAGACAUGCUUAUGCGACAAAACCACUACUGGAAAGUCACACAUCAAAACCACCGUCAAGUUGAGACACCAACAGCCUCCAAAACAAACCAAGCCUCACGGCGCCGGUUCAAUUGAUGCUAAACAGGGCAAGUGCGAAAGCCCAUUGCAAGAUGUGAUUAUUCCGGAAAUUCAGGACAAAUGGUCACCAGAGAUAUGUGACUUGAGCGAUCUUGCGUGGGAUUAUGCGGAUUUUGGAGUGGAGAGCUUGGAUAUGAUUUUAUGA